AGACGACAAGCCCAUAACGUUGUCCAUGAUGGACAACGGAAUUCAAAAGACUGUCGUCGAUUACCAGUAUGACCCUCUAAAGGAUGGCGCAUCAAUCCGACUGCUGUAUCUACAUCCGGACUCAUUUCGUCAGCUACCUAUUAAGGUCUCCCUCCAGGAAUUUCCAAUCAAUGCGUGUCCGAGUUUUAUGGCGCUGUCUUAUACAUGGGCGACUGAAGAAGGAGUCGCCUCUCUGUCCCGUGAAUUACUCUGUAACGGUGCUUCCCUCAAGAUAACCGAAAACUGCGAGGCUGCGCUGAAAAGGCUGCGACGACCGACGGAAGACCAAGUCCUUUGGGUUGACGCAGUCUGUAUCGAUCAAUCUAAUAUUGGGGAAAGGAGUCUCCAGAUUGGCUUGAUGCGUCAGAUCUACAGCCAGGCAUCCUGGGUGGCCCUGUGGGUGGGCGAGUCAUCUUCGGUUGUUGACGAAGAAACCGGUAAACCACUUUCGGACCUCGGCAUGGACUAUAUUCACGACUUUGCCGUUGAGAUUGCGGAAAGAAAAAAUUCGGGCCAGGAUCCUUGUGAAGGGCCACUCUAUCAAGAGUUCAUCAAAGAUCGACAGGCGUUCCAGCAUUUUAAUAGCGAAGUCUUCACGCCUCGAGUGCGCGGCUUAUGGGACGUAUUCCACCGUAAGUGGUGGGACAGGCUAUGGGUUAUCCAAGAGGUCGCCCUAUCAAAGGAGCCUACACUCGUCUGCGGCGGCAAGGCAGAGACCUUCCACAACCUCAAGAUUGUCAUUGAGGCCCUCAUUAGUUCAGAGCAGCCUGUCGAAGUGAUGGAGUUUAACACGCUAUUCAUCGCAUCUACCUUUCAUCAGUUUCAUGUACGUCAUAUGAUUGAAACUGGCGGAAUGGGCCAGAUAUCGACUCCCGGGGCCAAGGCACUCCGAAUCCUAAAUGCCACUCGGAACGCCAAAGCUUCGGAUCCGCGAGACAAGAUAUAUGGCAUCCUUGGCUUCUUUGGUGCCCCGGCAAAGGACCCCGAAAACAUAUUUCCAGAGCCAGAUUAUAAAAAGACAGCUGCUGAGCUGUAUGCAGAUGUAUCGCGAGCCAUAAUCAUCAAUACCGGAAAGUUGGACGUCUUGAGCUCGUGUUAUGGCUUCAUUAAGUCGAGUGUGCCUAACCUACCGUCAUGGGCGGUUUCUUGGAACGACACUCCGCUGAAAUAUUUUGAUGAUGAAAUUUUCGAUGCAGCAGGUGCUUCCUCCGUUAUUUAUGAAGACUCUGACGACAAAUUGCUCUUGCGGAUUAAAGGCAACAAAGUUGACUCCGUGAAAGUCACAGGCCAGUUGCCUGACUCUAUAGGGUAUAGUAACGGGGCCUACAUCGAGUUAUGGCGCUACUGGUGGAAAUUUGUGUCAGAUCUAAAGACAUACCCAACUGGAGACACUGUUUCGGAUGCAUUUCAAGAUACACUCUGCUGGGGUUCCACUCUCCACUAUCACAGAGCAUCAUUGGAGGAAUACAAGGAGACCUUUAAGGCCUGGCUUAAGGUUUUGACAGGAUCGGACGACACUGAUACUGCUGCCAAAAACAUCUUUGAUAGCAAAGAGCCAUACAAGUACGCUCAUAGAGCCAGUUCAAUCACCUGGGGGCGCAACAUGGGAAUAACGGAUAAAGGGUAUCUAGCCAUGGUGCCCAUAACGACCAAAGUAGGAGAUGAAAUCGUGAUUUUUGAAGGAGCCAAACUACCCUUUGUCGUACGAACUGAGGGUGGCAAAUCCAAGCUUGGGGGGCCUUGUUACAUACGCGGCAUGAUGGAUGGAGAGUUUUUUACCAAGCAAGGCACACAAGCGACAGACGAACUAGAAUGGUUCACAUUACAGUAAUGAAUUUUCUAUAUACAAGCGUAUAUACAA